AUGCAUCGCCGCGCGGACGUCUGCCCACUGGUAUCGUCUGGUCAGAGUUCGCGCCGUGCUGCACGAGCCCCGAUGGCCUCUUUUCAACAGCCGACGACGUCACGCGAUGGCAAAGGUCACGGGCCGUUUCACGCGCGACGGCGCUCAACAAAAAGGUUACCCUCCGAAGAACCGGAAGAAGGUAAGAUGCACGUGGAUGUGACGUCAGACGACCCGACCUUCACGAGUCUGGAAAAUGGCCUCACGGACUCUGACGAACGUGAGAUGAGCGAAGACUGCCGAGAUGACGUGUUGGUGUGUCACAGCCGUCGCCUUGCCAACCAAGAGAACGCAACUCUCACCCGAGAGGAGAGACGCAGGCGUAGGAGAGCUACACAGAAGUACCGCACUGCGCAUGCGACAAGGGAGAGAAUUCGCGUCGAAGCCUUCAACAUUGCCUUUGCCGAACUGAGGAAACUGUUGCCCACUUUGCCUCCAGAUAAAAAACUGUCGAAAAUAGAAAUACUCCGCCUUGCCAUUUGUUACAUAUCCUACUUGAAUCAUGUGUUGGAUUUGAGUUAAAAUAUCCACCUUUGUUUCAGUUGAUUCAUCGUAUAUUCCCCAUGCAUCCAGACUUUUUCACAAAAUGUGUUGGUGUGAUAUUGUGAUAUUGGAUGGCACAUUAUCCACUGGACUUAAAAAAAACAAAUACACAAAAUUUAAUGGCUGCCUUCGAUUCAUUUGAGUUUUAACAUUUGUAUUGGAAUCUGAAUGACAAAAAACAACUAAAAUGGCAUCUCUGCACCAGACCGAUCUAAAGAACGUUUUCAUAGGGUUGUGGAUCCUCCCAUGAAUCAGACGCUAUUUAAUGCUGUAUUACUGUGGAGAGAAUAUUCAGUACAUUGGAUAUAUUGAAAACUACGAAACACGUGACACCUUUCACUUCAAAACACUGAAGUAGCAGUCGUAAAAAGGAAAACAAAAAACAUUUCUGUAAUAUUGUACAUAAUUGUAAUAAGAUGAUAAAGAUACAAACGGAUGUGUACAAAAUAAAG